AAAUUUUCUCCAUCAUAAUUUUUAAAUUUACACAAAUAGCCCUUAAUCGGUUCUCUUUAAAUAAGAAGCAGUCAAGCGCUCAGCCCUGGAGAGGCAUUUGUAUUAAGACGUUAAGAUGUAAAACUAUACCUACUGUCAAUUAACUUCCUGGUUGAAAACUUGUCAAAAACUGAAAUCUAUUUAUUGGUGACCUCUGUCGACGAGAUAAUGAGAAGAAUGUUUCUCAGUGUCAUCUACGUCAUACUGUAUGCAACUUGUUCAUGUGCAUAUCACAACUUAGCAUUACGGAAACCUUCCUGGCAGAAAACCAAGUUUUCACAAUCCUGGGGUGCAGACAAGGCUGUGGAUGGGAAGUAUACUGACCGUGGAGCACUAGGUAAUCAGUGUACAAUAUCAGCAAACAAAGAACAAACAGCCGAGUGGAGAGUGGAUCUAGAGAGUGUCGUCAGCAUCAGUUACAUCAACAUCUUCUACAGAACGGAUAAUCUACCAAGCCCUAGUGUUUACGUGCCAAGAUUUGCUGGGUUUUUCCUCUAUGUUUCAAAUACAACGUCCAAAUCAGAAGGACAUCUGUGUUUUCAUGAGAUACAGACCGUUCACGGUACACCUGUAGAGGACCAGAUGAUCAACUGCUCUGUACAUGGCCGUUAUGUCAUCUUCUAUAACGAGCGUAAUAAUCCGGAUGUAACUUAUCCCAAUUACUACUCCCAAUAUGCGUUCAGUGAAUUAUGUGAACUGGAAGUAUACGGGUGCCCAAUUCCUGGUUAUUUUGGGAAAAAUUGUAACCGAUUGUGUCCAGAGAAAUGUCAGGGACAGCAGUGCGAUGCAGUAACCGGUUAUUGUGUGAAUGGUUGUUUAUCAGGAUAUGCUGGUGUACACUGUAGUUAUG